AUGUCGCUAAUACCCCUUGUGCUAUCCGUCAUUGCUGGCAUCUGCACCACUCUUGUCGCUGCCCUUGGCAUCAACUUUCUCACACAGCUGCUGCCCACUCGCUACCAUGCGGCUGAGAACCCCAAGGAUGACCACAUCCAGAUCCUGGUCCUCGGCGACAUAGGCCGCAGCCCUCGCAUGCAGUACCAUGCGAUGAGCAUCAUGAAGCACGGCGGGAGAGUAGACCUCGUUGGGUAUAAGGAGACCGCCCGCCAUCCGGAUCUCGUUGGCAAUGAGAGAGUGGCUUUGUACCCAUUGCCGCCUCUCCCUACCGUCUUCAAAUGGAACACUCUUCCGUUCCUUAUCAACAAGCCGGCCAAAGUUGUCUGGCAAUCCUGGUCCAUCUUUUACGUUUUGGCGUACACUGCACCACCAGCUCGAUGGAUCGUCAUUCAGAACCCCCCCUCUAUCCCCACGCUACACUUGGCUUUUCUCGUGUCCCUCCUGAGAGGAAGUCACCUGCUUAUUGACUGGCACAAUUACGGCUGGUCCAUCAUGGCUACCGGCCGCAGCCGGAAGAACCCGCUGGUAUGGCUCUACAAGAAGUAUGAGUUGUACUUUGGCAGGAUGGUCCCCACGGCCAACCUCACCGUCACCGACGCCAUGGCGCGGCAGCUCAAGGAGAAGCCGUACAGCAACAAGAAGCCCAUCUUUACCCUGCACGACCGUCCGGCCGAGGUAUUCCAACCCAUCGCAUCGACCGCGGCCCGGCAGGCUUUUCUCUCGCAUCUCAAGGAGACCAAGGACGUUGCCGACAGCAUCAUCGCCGGUACCACGCGCCUCAUUGUCAGUAGCACCUCGUGGACGCCCGACGAGGAUUUCGGUCUGCUACUGGACGCCUUGGUAGCCUACGCUCACCCCGAAGAAGCCGUCACAGAGAACGGCGCCGGCCGACCUCCGAUCCUGGCCAUCAUUACCGGCAAGGGCCCCCAAAAGGCCGAGUAUGAAGAAAAAAUUAAGAAUCUCCGCCUGGAAGGCAAGCUUCCCGGCAUCACCAUCCUGACCGCCUGGCUAUCAACCCGCGAGUAUGCCACGCUCCUUGCCUGUGCUGACCUCGGUGUUUGCCUCCACAAAUCCAGCUCCGGCGUUGACUUGCCCAUGAAGGUGGUUGAUAUGUUCGGCUCGGGGCUACCCGUGGCCGCGUACUCUGCGUAUGAGAGCUUCGGCGAGCUGAUCAAGGAAGGUGAGAACGGAUGCGGGUUCGAGACAGCCACUGAGCUGGCUGAGGUCUUGAUCAGGCUCCUAAGCAAGAGCGGCCAGGAGGAAUUGAAGACUUUGAAGGCGGGGGCUGUGAAGGAGGGCAGCUUGCGCUGGGAUGAAGAGUGGGACCGGGUUGUUGGGCGGAUCGUGGGUGUAAUUGAUAGCUGA